GGUGCUAUCUGUAUCUAGUCACAUGCACGGUGCGAUCUGUGUACAGUCAGUCAAAGAGGAGAACCUCUUCCCACGAGAAGUGCAUGAGCAAAUCCUCGCAGCUCGUAUAAAAGCAGGGCGUAGAACGAAUGUAAAACAUCAGUGAGCAAUUCUUCUUGAGUAAGGAGUCAUCCAUUUCCAAGACUAAAGGAUUCAGCCAUGGCUCGUUCGAACUCCAUCCCUCUACUCGCCGGCUGCCUGAUGGUAGCUGCCAUGUUCUGCCUGGUGCAAGCCGGAAGUGAGUGCACUGUGAAGACAUAUAAAUUCACAGUGUUCCAGCAGAUGAAUGAGCCGGCAGAGAUCGAGGUGUUUCCCAAGGGUAUGAUCUACCAGAACGCUGCAACGAAGACGGAGGUCGCCAGUUCGGACUUAUAUGCGACAUUCUCCGGUCUCUACUUUACCUUCGGCAAAAGCAGGACCACCAACAUUCUCCAGGACGUAUCCAACAUUUUGUUCGUGGACCUCGAGGAAGAAGGUGGCACCUUCGGUAACGAUGCUCGCCUGUACACUCGCUCGCAGUGGUACACCUCCAGGAAGGACCAAGACUUGAGGUCACAGACCGCCGCCAUCGUCGGUGGAUCCAAGGGACUCGCCGGUGCAUACGGAACCAUUGAAUUCACCUUGGUCAAGGGCAACGUGUACCGCUGCGACGGAGUCUUCUCCCUCUGCAACUGAUGGGUGAUUGCUUGAUAGAGUUCAGUGUCUCGCGAAGCUACGCAGAUCCGAAGUAGACUCAAGUAGGGCGCUGAAACGAGCUGCUUGGUUCCCCGCUCGCAGUCCAGGCUUUCCACCAGGCGUGGUAUAUAGCUGUAUGUGUAUAUGCAGAGUUUUUUCCAUGUCACCGUUCUAGAACAGAUUCCGAUCCAGUGUGAUUGGGUCGUCUUGUUUCGUUCAGCGAAACUUUCUGUAUUGAGAUGCAGCUUUCAUAAUUUACCACUCUCAAUGUUGCACAUUUCGAUCUCGUCGAGGCCAAGAGAACCUGAACUCUGGAGAUGUUAAUAAUAUAUCAUUGCCUCACGCUUUGA